AUGCUCACUCCCCCUUCCUCCCUCGCCCGCACCCCGCUGCGCAAGGCGAUCCGCCAGCACCACCUCCGUGCACUCACCCGUCACACGUUUCCCUUCCACCCCUGCCCUUGCAGCAAACCACGCCCCUUACCCCUGCCUCGCUUCCCCUCUCUGCCCCUGUUCUCCCUUCCAACCCAAACCCCCAUCUGUUUCCCCACCCCGCCCACCUCCGGCCCCCCUCCGCGUGGCGCGCGCAUGGUGUGCGAGGGCUUGCCAGUCUGCCGCGAGUGCAUAGAGGGCGCGCUGGAGGACGGCAGGGAUAACUGCUGCCCCGAAUGCCACGUCAGCCUCGGCCAUCAACCCCUGCACGCCCUCAGGUACGACCGGCAGCUGGCGGACAUUGAGGAGCGCAUCUUCCCAGAAGUUGCUGUGUACUGCCAGCAGCAGAGGCUGCGAGAACAGGCGGAGGAGGAGGAGGAGGAGGAGGAGGAGGAGGAGGAGGAGGAGGAGGAGGAAGAGGAGAGGGAGAAGGGCGAGGAAGAGCGGCGUGUGGAUGAGGAGGACGAGGUGGCGCACAUGGCUGGCCACGCGGAGGAUGGGGGGGCGGAGGGGGGCGCACAGCAGCAGCAGGGGUGGGUGGCAACUUUAGUAGCAGGGGUUGGAGAGGUUUGCAGGCGGGGAGAAGGGGCGAGGCGGCAGAUGCAGGGCAAGGAGCACGGGGGCACUGGCGUACGGCAAGCAGCAGUGGGGAAGCACGCACGGCCCACUGGUGCGGCCCUCCAACUCCCACUGUUCUCUUCCACCGCACACACCAUCACCAACCUUUCCGCUUCCACAGUUGCCUGCAUGUCGUGCCUUGGCCCACCUAUCUCUUCCUCUGUGCGCCCUCUCAUGCUACAACUGCUCAACCAGCUGCACCGCCUGCACAGACAGUGCGGUGACGUCAUCGAGCAGGCGGGUGGAGCGGGGGUGACGAUAAAGAGGGGGCUGAUUCAUGGGGAGCACGGAGGCAGGGCAACGGCAGGAGGGCAGGGCGAGCAGCAGGAGCAGAUGGCGGCUGCAGGUGUGGCGUCGUGGGGCGUUGGCAGGUUGAGCAGCAGGGGGAGUGGGGAUGGCGAAGACGGGCGUCAGCAGUUGGUGGGGGAAGUGGCUCAAGGGGCAGGCGGGGAAAAGGCGUGUGGAGGGGCGCAGACUGAUGGGUGGGAAAGAGCACUGACAGACACGGUGCAGGGCGAGGCAGUGGAGGAGGGAGGGGGGGCGCUGGUGCGAGCGUGGAGGCACAUAGAGAGAGAGCAGCAGGCGGUGAUGCAGCGGCUCAUGGCGGCUGUGCGUGGUGCGCAGGGGGCAGUGAUGAGCGGCCCACACGGCAAUGGUGACAUUGGUGCAGGGGGAGCAGUGGAGUCGGCGGGUGGUGGGAGGACGCAUGGCUGUGAUAGUCUAGAGGAACCGACGAGAGGGGUGGGGGAGGAGGCGUGGCGGAGAGGCGAGCAGAGAGUGGGCUCUGGAGGGGUUGAGAGGCCAAGGGCGGAGGGUGGUAAGGCUGGGCAGUUGCGGGGGGGAAAGGGAGGCAGUGGGGGUGAUGCGGGGCAAGGGACGCAUGUGGGUGACGCUGCAGGUGAUUGCGCAGGUGAUCGGCAGCGGGAAGGAGCAGGUGCAGCCGAUGCAGGGGAUCCAGUGAGGGGCGAUGGUGGGUCACGGUGGCGGCGGGGGGAAGAAGAGUGUGAGGGGACGAGUAGAGAUGGAUUGGGAGAUGAUGAGAAGCGAGAUGGUGGUGAGGGAAGUGGCAGCGCGGCGGAGAGGCGAGGCGGAGGUGUGGGGAUGGCGGGGGAGGUGCAGUCAGCAGGAAGAGAAAUUGAGAUGGGUGCAGCGAGUGCAGGCAGGUAUGCGCGUGAGAGGGAGGAAGCAGGGCCGGGGCGCAGCAGUCAUGCAGGAAUGAGCAGAGCAGAGGGGGAGGCGCAUGGGGUUGCAGGGGCUAUGGCGGGCGGCAGCUGUGUGUUUGUGUGCAGUGCGGACGCAGAAGAGAGAGGGGCAGCAGGAGGAGAAGGUGCAGGGCAGGCGCGGAGCAGUGGCGCAGGGAAGAGGGCGAGCGAGGAGGAGGGCGGGGCAGCAGGGCAGAGCAACGCCCAUGGCAGGCAGGGCAGGGGCAAGCGCCGGCGUGUGGCGCACGCAGGGGGGACGUGGGACGGGGACGUGGAGGGGCGGGGUGUGGGAAGAGAGGGGGAGUGUGGCAUGGGCGAUGUGGUGGCGGGGGGGCUGCUGCAGGGCGAGAUGCAGGUGCGGUGGGCGGAUGAUGCCCGCCUGGGAGGGGCAGAUGGGGAGGAGGAGGAGGUGCAGGGCAGCGAGAGGGGCGUGCGUGGCAUGAGAGGAGAGCUGCCAGCGGACUGCAGCAGCGAGGGGACGGCGCAUGCCACGGGUGACGACGAGGGUUGUCACGGCGAGGGAAAAGGGAAUGGGGGGCCGCGCCGUGAUGGGGCUGGCGAGGUGCUGGUAAGGGGCAUGAGGACGGGCGGAGAGCAAGGCGAGGAGGUGGGAGAGAGAGACGCAGAGAGGAGCAUGUCAGUGGGUGGGGAUGUGGAGAGACGGGUGAAGGCAGAGGAAUUGAUGCAGGAGGGGCAGCGGUUAGGGCAGGCCAUGCAGGUGCAGAUGGAGGUGCAGGGCGUGACGGCUGUGGCUGGCGAGGCUGUAGCAACAACCGCGGGCAGCGGUGGAGAGGAGGGCGGGGGUGAGGUGGGUGGGAGUGGCGGGGUGGAGGGCGGAAACGAUGUGGUAGGGGUGCAUGCAGGGAGGUGCAUGGCUGCAGCAGGCAGGCGGUCGAGGCAGGUGGCAGAGGCACAUGUGGGAGGGCGUGAAGCACAUGGGCAUGGUGGCGAGGGCAACACACGGUGGGCAAGCAGGGCGGGUGCAGUGCUGGCAGUCGAGAUGGCAGGCGCGGGUGAGAGCGUGAACGGGCGGGCGGAUGGGAUGGUGAGUGGCAGUGGCGAGGAGGCAGGGGCACAGGCAGUGGGUGACAUGCGUGUUGAGUGUGACGGUGUGGUGGCAGUGGCCGUGCAACCAGAUGGUGAGUGUGCGGGGGGAAGAGGAGGGGAUGCGUGUGGAGAGAAAGCACGUGGAGGGGCAAGCAUGGCGGCAGCAUGUGAUGAUGCCCAUGCAGAGCGUGGGAGAGAGGGCAGGCGGUGUGAGAGUGCGGUGGUGCGAGACAUGUCGCAGCAUGCAGAGGGGGCGCAUGACAGCACAUUGCAGCAGAACCAGGGAGGGCACAGGCAGGCAGGGGAAGACAGUGGGGAGGGUGAGGCCUGUGAAGCAACAGGUGGCAGUGGUGGGAGGGGUGGAAGAGACACAGUGGAAACCUCAGGGGAGGGCGCUGGUGGCGGUGAGGGGCUUGAAGGGCGGGAUGGCACACAGGUGCAGCCGCGUGAGGCAGACGGGGUGGCAGCUGGUGACAGCGGCGAGCAAACGACCGAGAGACGGGGGAACGCUAGCGAGGGGGAGGUAGAUGAGGUGGUGGGAGGGCAGGGUAGGCUGGUGGAGGAGAGACAUCUGUGUACGGCGGAUGUGCGUGAUGUAAAUGGAAAGGGGAGUAGACAAGGAGAGGGGAAGGAGAACGUGGAGACGCGAAGCAGCAGUGAGGAGCACGUGGGUAUGCCGGCAUGUGGUGUGGAUGGCAAGGGAGGGCGGGAUGGGGCAGAGGGUGGAAGCAGCAGGGCAUCGUGUGUGGGUGCUCAUGGGCGGAGGGCAGAGACGAGCAACGGCGGGUUGGUGCCUGGCAUGCUGAAUGGGGUUGUCAGGGAUGCCACUGCCAUGCCACACGCACCUUCACUCCCCCCUCCUGCUCCUGCUGUUCCCUCUCCUGCUGUUCCCUCUGCUCCUGCUGCUCCAUCUCCUGUUGCUCCUGCUGCUCCUGCUACCCCUGCUACUUCUUCUGCUCCUGCUGCUCCCACGCCUGCCUCCCCCCCUGCUCUGUGUGCCAUCCCCCUUGCACCGGCCACUCCCGCCUAUCUGGAUUGCAGUGCGCAUGGCGUUGCCACUGUGCCCCCUGCUGCUGCCCCCCCCGAGGAUGCCUCCCUAAAUGCCUGCAAUGCUGGGGAAGGAACUGCUGCUGUGCCAAGGGGCAAUGGGGGCUGCCACGCUGAUGUUGCUGCUCCCAAAGAGACGCAGCAGCCAGCGCAGCGAGAGGAGGAGCAAAGGAAUGGCGGAACAGCCAUGUCACAGGCCAUGCAGGCAAGGGCAGAGGUGCCCGGUGGUAUAGGGGUGUCAAGUGGGGGGGCGGGAGGGGGAGGAGGUGAGGGCAUUGGGGUGCGCACUACUGGCCUUGAUGCCGUGCUGGGACUCGCUCAUCGCUCCCAGUAG